CUCCGGUGGAAUAUCACUGCUGUAUACAUGCACCGUCCUUGACCCACAUCCGCAUCCGCAGCCAAAAGUAGUAUGAACACAAGCUGCCGCACGGACGACCCCGUCCGCAGCCCGAAGGUGCACGCGGAAAGAUCGCAUCAAAUAUGGUUUAUUUAACAGAACAGAACACAAAGGGAGAACCGGGAAACAAAGGAACCACAAGGGGUCAAAACAAGCAGGGAGUAUAUUAGUGGGAUGUCGGGCUCCUCAGAUUGCCAGAAGAACAGCGUGAGUCUGCUGCGGCUAAGAACCCAGAAUUGUGAAAUGAAGAUCUGGAAGAUGAUACUUUUUGCUAUUAUUAUUGUGGCAACAGCAUCCGCAAAGCCACUAUAUCAGGCUGGUAAAAGAUCCAAAUCAUUUGAAUCGUCGGAUUCCAGGUAUUUGCCAGCAUCAAAAAAAUCAUCAAAUCUUUCUCUGUCAUCUGAAUCGUCAGAGUCCUCGCAAUUACUGGAAUCAUCAGAGUCAUCAGAAUCAUCGUCAGAGUCGUCCAAGUCAUCAGAUUCAGAUCAGAGUAGUGUCUCUGAGGAAAGCACGAUGACAUUAAUUAUUUCUUCAGGAACAGCGAUGACUACUCCAGGGAUCAUCACAGAGACAAUGACUCCGAGGAUCAAAACUGAGAUGACGACUCCGGGGAUCAACACCGAGAUGACGAGUCCGGGGAUCAACACCGAGACGACGACUCCGGGGAUCAACACCAAGAUGACGACUCCGGGGAUCAACACUGAGACGACGACUCCGGGGAUCAACACCGAGACGACGACUCCGGUGAUCAACACCGAGACGACGACUCCGGGGAUCAACACCGAGACGACGACUCCGGGGAUCAACACCGAGACGACGACUCCGGGGAUCAACACCGAGACGACGACUCCGGGGAUCAACACCGAGAUGACGACUCCGGGGAUCAAAACGGAGAUGACGACUUCGGGGAUCAACACCGAGAUGACGACUCCGGGGAUCAACACCGAGAUGACGACUCCGGGGAUAAACACUGAAAUGACGACUCCGGGGAUCAACACUGAGAUGACAACUUCAAAGGCCAUUGGAGCAACUACAAGUCCUGUUUCUACAAUCCGUAGAGGGGACAACUGAGAGUCACUCGGAUGUGACGCUCAUUAUGCAAAAAUAAUGCUAUUUGCUUCUGAUUCUUCAUUUACUUUCCCAUUGGUUGUGCUUAUUGUUGUCCUUAGAUAGGUAGGCCUACAUAACCUUCCUUCAGUGCCAUUUUGAAGUGAGGAAGGGACCACUGCCUUUUUAUACACAUGUGAAUUGACAGUUUUCCAGUUUUCGAUAUCUCUGUCUAUCUUUUAUCAUAUUGAGGGGUUUAGUUGUGAUUUAGGGAUAAAACUGUCAAUGUGGAGAACUCUCUGCUCCUUGGAUGAACAGCAUUAUCAUAAUAAAACAAAAAAUUAAUAAUGACAGAUUAUAAUAGUAUAAAUAACUUGUUUUGAUGUUGUAAUAUGUUAUUUAUUUUAAUAAUGUUAUCAUUUUUUUGAUUGUGGUAACUUUAACAGGGAGAAUAGCAUGAACAAAGAUUUUAAAUAGAAUUUAAUGGUUCCGCUUUUCAAUAUGACCCCUUUUAUGCCUCUUAUAUGUAGUAUAAUAUAGUACCUUGUUAAUAAAAAAAAAACCUGCUGUAA